UUGGCGAAGUGCAGAGUAUCAUCUCAAGAGUUCCUCUUAAACCCUAGCUCCUCUUCAUCUCCUAUAUUAGGGGUUCCUCCGCUGCGGGACCUCUCAUUUCGUCCCCAUUACAAGCCCUAGGCGGCUGAAGCUGCGUAUUCGGCUUCCGGACGGCGGCGACGGCCAUGGCAUCGGAGAAGAAGCUAUCGAACCCAAUGAGAGAGAUCAAAGUUCAGAAGCUUGUCCUCAACAUCUCCGUUGGGGAAAGCGGAGAUCGCCUCACCAGAGCUGCUAAGGUCUUGGAGCAGCUCAGUGGCCAGACCCCAGUUUUCUCGAAAGCAAGAUAUACUGUGCGGUCUUUUGGAAUCAGGCGUAAUGAGAAGAUUGCUUGCUACGUUACUGUCAGAGGUGAGAAGGCGAUGCAGCUUCUGGAGAGUGGAUUGAAGGUGAAGGAAUAUGAGCUGCUGAGGAGGAAUUUCAGUGAUACUGGCUGUUUUGGCUUUGGUAUUCAGGAGCACAUUGAUCUUGGCAUUAAGUAUGAUCCUUCAACAGGUAUUUAUGGUAUGGAUUUCUUUGUUGUCCUGGAGCGCCCGGGGUAUCGUGUUGGGCGACGCAGGAGGUGCAAGUCUCGUGUGGGCAUUCAGCACAGGGUCACAAAGGAGGAUUCCAUGAAAUGGUUCCAGGUCAAAUACGAGGGCGUGAUCUUGAACAAAGCCCAGACUAUCGGAGGCUAAGUUCUUAGUGGGUUGUAACAUCAGUUAUAGUUUUGGACGAGUUUUUGAAAUUUAUGCUUCAUGCUGACUAUAUUCUAAUCGUGGCUUUUUCAAUGUUUUUGAAGGGAACAUUUACAUUGUUUGUUCGGACUCAGUUUUUAGAUGCAUUUUUGGUUGCUCAUGUUGAUGUUAUGUUCAUGUGGAGAAUGUAUGGUGCUAGAUGCCUCUCUAGGGAUUUUGAUGUUUCUUUCUUGAACCAUUAAUCAAACAAUCAGUUUCAGCUA